AUGCGGAGGAUCUCGAGCCGGCCGGUUUCGUCCGGGACGCCGAUGUCGAUCUCGCGGUCGAACCUGCCGAAGGGGGAGAUGCGAUUGGUCCCGUAUGUCGUUCGAAUUGGGGCCGCCGACGAUGCAGAUUACCGGGAGGUUGCGGGAGGAAGGCACCGGCGACCGGCGAUGGCGUUGAUGACGUCAAGCCCGCCGACGGUGAACGCGACGACUUCGUGUCUUCGUCGGCGUCUUCGGGUCUUGGCAGAGGAAGGGGUAGAUGAGAGAAGGGGUUUAGGAUAA